AUGGAGUUGGGCAGUUCUAGUUUCACACCAUCGGUGAUCGAAAACCUGCCAGAGGCUCAAGCAGCAACCGGGGAGACAUUCAUGGCGGCUCAACUCCCAGACAUAGGCACGCGGGCCACAGAUCCCAUCUCGGAGGCUCACUCUCUAGUGGCCCAGCUGUAUGCGCCGGCAAAUCAAAGAAAUCCGACCCGGAUCAAUGACAUUCAAACACGUCUUCAACAGCUCCAAAGAGGCGACCAUGCCUGGCAAAUUGCCGAUGCACUGUUGAGAGAGCCCGACGCCCACCAUCGUUUCAUGGGGGCGCUGACGUUCACAGUAAAAGUGAACGUCUCGAGUCACGAAAUCGAUGGGGCGAUGAGCCUUCAGGUCAUGGAGCAUCUCAUCAACCAUUUCGUCACCAUUGUGAAGGAAAGCGAGCAGGCCAUGGUGGUCAGGAAGCUUGCAUCCAGCCUGGUGACCCUCUUCAAGCAUUCGGCGUGUCCGUGCGAACGAGUGCUGUGGCAAGUGGCUGCCAGCUUGGCCCAUGGCCGGUUCGUCUCCGAACAGCAGGCCCAAACAGUCGACUUCUCGACUGGCGUGCUGCCCAGCCUCGACACUCAGAAAGUCACAGCCUUGCUGUUCUUUUCGGUCACACUAGCCGAGACUACACUACGGCUCGAGGACGAGCCCUACGAACUAGUGGGAUCGGCUCUUCAACGAGCUGGCACGAACACCCAGGAUGGCUUGCUGUUGGUGCAAUACAUCCUACCGCAGAUAUCCUACCAGUCUAACGUAGUUCUGGACGAGCAGGUUCAUCGGACCCUGGGGAGUGAGGUCAUGAACUCUUGGAAAGCCUGGUCAGGUGUUACGACAACCCGUUCUCAGGCAGACGGAGACAGUAUCCAUAACCUGGUUGUUUCUUGUGGACGUGAAAUCAUGCAGACUCUGAGAGUUCCAAUCUUGAGCGAGUUCGCAGCUUCGACCCUCAUUCACGUGUUUGAAAGCCGUCGUUCCGCUUUUGAUGAGAGCUCCCUUUGGGUCCUUUCGCAGGUACUCUCUCACUCGGUCGUGACAGCGCACGUUGUAGCCGUCAUCAAGGGUGAAGAAGGCUCGGAGGGUAUGACUUUUGUCGACCUCUUGGUGGCGUACCUAUCGCAUCUUCGGUUGCAAAUCUUUCGCGACCCCAUGAAGCCGGCGGAUGCCAAAAUCCUCGCCAUCGCGCGUGACAUCUUCAAAACUCCAGGCUAUGCGGUUAUCGACGACCCAGCCACCCCUCGCGUGCUUGAAUUUUGGAAUGAGAUUGCCGAGUGUGUGCUUGAUGAGUUGGAGGAGAAUGACCCCGCAUGGCAAAUGAUCAAAACGCACUUGGCACAGGUUGUGCUUAGCCUGUUCAGCAAGCUUUUAUAUCCAACAUCGGAGGACCUUUCCGACUGGAGCGAUGAGGAGCGCAGCGAAUUCAAUGCGUUCCGCUACGAGGCUUGCGAUUAUCUACUAUCGGCCUAUCCAGUCCUCGGCGUCGAGUUAGUGCGUGUGUUCCAAGAAAGUGCAACAUCCAACCUCCAAAAUGGUGACUGGCGUGGGUUUGAGGCUGCCAUGUUCUGUAUCGCUCAGCUUUCCGAGGCUGUUGAUGAGAAUGGACAUGCCGACCAAUGCCUAGAUGCCAUCUUUGGCAGCGAUGCCUUCUCACAACUCUGCGCCGGUGGAAAGGCAGGCAUACCCCUAAAAGCGCGCCAGACCCUCGUGGACACCUUUGGCAAGUAUGAAUCAUACUUUGAACGACACAAUUCCUUGCUCCCGAGUGUCCUGAACAUUCUCUUUGAAUCUCUGAACUUUGAGCCGUGCGCCCAAGCGGCGUCACGGUCUAUACUCACCCUUUCUAAGACGUGCUCUCGCGUCUUGACGUCGGAGCUACCUGUCUUCCUCGACCAGCUAGACCAGUUUCGUACCGGGCCAACCGCAACCUCGUCCACAAUGCCCAAGGUUCUCGAGGGGAUUGCCACUAUCAUACAGAAGCUGUCCAUGGACGAGGAGAAAGUGCAAACCCUGGAAAGGAUUCUGGGCUUCUUUGUCCAAGAGGCCGCACAGGCGCGACAAGAGGCGGCCAACUCAGCAUUUGAUCUCGCUCGCUCACAUGGCCACCUAGUGUUGAGCUGCAUCGCUAGUAUCGGAAAGGGGCUGCGAGCAGAUGCCGACGAAGUUAUCAACGUUGACGCCGCACCAGAACCAAACCCCUAUCCCCCUUCCUUUUGGAACACAGGCCCGGGGUCGCAGGCCCAGCAGUUCAUUAUGGAGUCCAUGCGACUGCUUAUCGUGGAUUUCCCAGUCGACAGUAACAUGAUCGAUUCCGCGUGCGACAUCCUCAAGGCUGGCUACACCGAGUCAUCGGGACUUUUUGUUUUCCCCCCGUCCAUGACUGUCGACUUUAUCAAAAGUUUCCCACUUGGUAUCUCCGGCACGGAUGUCAUUAUGGCAACUGCAUCUUCAUUCCUGGCGUCCCAUUCAUCUCAUUUUAUGCAGAUCCGGGACGAAGCGGUGGCAUUGAUCGUUCAUGUUGCCCAGCUAUUUUCCUCGAUGCUUGACAACGAAGAGCUGUACGACCCCGAGACCGCCAACGCGGGGAUUGAUUUCCUCGCCCGUCUGAUGCCCAAAUACUACACCAUUCUCUUCUCGCUCACCGAGCCGCUGCCAUCACUGGCCGCUGACUCCCCCCAGCAAAAUAUCCCGAUUUAUGCGGUUUUGUUGAACUUUACGCUGCAUGCUCUGACUCGACCCGAGGCGCUGACUCUUCGCUCUGCAUCGGCAUUCUGGAUUGCUCUGAUCGACCUCCGUGGUAGCUCCCUGGAAGAGACCACGGCGCUGGAUCAAGUGCUGGAGCACUUUGUUCCGCGACUUGGCGAGACUUUGAUUGGCCAGAUCGCCGGUCACUGCGCCCGGUCGGAUCUCGUCUCCCUCAACGAUGUUCUACGGCGCUUGAUAUUCAAGAAGAUGGCCCUUGCACGCCCGAGUAUCACUGCUGCACUCAGCGCCUUGGCCCUUCACACCAUUGAUGACACGGCCCACCCAGUCCCGCUUCUUUCCCCGCAGGACAAGUCUCGAUUUUUGGAGUCUCUGAUCGUUGCCCGAGGCGCCCGGCAGCCAUCCAUGGAGCUCGUCCGCGCCUUUUGGCUCAAAUGCCGAGGUAUGAGCUACGAUUAUGCCCAGUAG